ACAUUUCCAAAAAAGGUUCCUCCUCCUCCCCUCCUCCUAGUCCAACAUCCCUCAACCAUCUUGAUUCCUGGCGACGUCGGCCAUGGCAUACAAGAAUCUUGAGGUAACGCUGAUCUCAGCGAGCGAUCUCAAGAAGGUGACAUUCUUCUCCCGGAUGCGGGUUUAUGCCGUUGCCUCCAUCUCCGGGGCUGACUCCCUCAUGCCUACCCAUGGCACCCACGUCGACCACAACAAUGGCCAAAAUCCCACAUGGAAUGCCAUGCUCCACUUGCCGAUCCCUGCAUGUGUUGAUACUCGCGGGCUCGCCCUACAUGUGUUGCUACGCUCAGAGGCUUUUUUCUUCGGCCACCGUGACGUUGGUGAAGUAUUUGUGCCCCUUAAUGAUCUUCUGGCCGGCACAGGUAAUGGAAAUAUCGAAAAUACUAUGAGCUACCAAGUGCGGCGACCAAUGUCUGGUCGUGCCCACGGUGUUCUCUACUUCAGCUACAAGUUCACCGACGUCAGAGCUUCUUCAACAAGCGCUACAGGGAGCAAACAAGGCCAGUAUGUCAACUACUCUUGGGACUCUGAGGUGGCAAUGCCCAAACCCAUGGUGCCCAUCACCGCAUACCCGCAACCACAUGCCACAUUUUCAUACCCAAAUGCAGUGUAUCCACCACAGCCAUAUGGGCGUGCGUCUCCACCACCGUACAUGUAUAACACCGCUCCGGCACCGGCAACAAUGUAUGGGUAUGCACCAGCAACUAUGGCUGCACCGGCAAGGCACGCGGGAGGGAUGGGAAUGGGCCUAGGCCUCGGGCUCCUCGGCGGCGUGGUUGGCGGGAUGAUGCUCGGUGACUUGGAGUCUGAUGCCGCCUAUGACGCUGGGUUCAACGAUGGGAUGAGUUUUUAGUAAGCGCAAUUCGGACUAUGUGUAAGGAGGAUGUCCUUGUAAAUCUGUAAUUGUCAGUUGAAAAUGAGUGAACAAAGUGAAAUCAUCAUCAUAAUGUGCAAGUCUUUUUGUUUCUUA